UGUCUCUUCUUCCGGCGAAUGGCGGACUAUAUGGCCGCUUCAUCAUAGUGGCGUAAAAAUCGACCUUAAUCCGCGGAAAACAAUAUCGCUGAUACAAAAUGGCUACAGAACAGAUGACUUUAAGGGCGACCCUUGCGGGUCAUGGUGGUUGGGUCACCCAAAUUGCCACUACACCACAAUAUCCGGACAUGAUUUUGUCUGCUUCCAGAGACAAAACAUUGAUUCAAUGGAGGCUGACACGUGAUGAAACCAACUAUGGUGUUCCACACAAGAUGUUGAAGGGGCACAGCCACUUUGUGUCUGAUGUUGUAAUGUCUUCUGAUGGACAGUUUGCUCUGUCAGGCUCUUGGGACAAGACUCUCCGUCUGUGGGAUCUGAGCACGUCCAAAACCACUCGCAUGUUCAUGGGACAUACCAAGGAUGUCCAGAGUGUUGCCUUCUCUGCUGACAACCGGCAGAUUGUUUCUGGCUCAAGGGACAAAACCAUUAAACUGUGGAACACCCUUGGUGUCUGCAAGUACACUAUUCAGGAGGAGGGCCAUACUGACUGGGUUUCCUGCGUGAGGUUUUCCCCCAACACCUCCAAUCCCAUUAUUGUUUCCAGCAGCUGGGACAAGAAAGUCAAGGUCUGGAAUCUGACUAACUGCAAGCUAAAGACAAACCAUCACGGUCACAGUGGCUACCUGAACGUUGUCACAGUUUCCCCUGAUGGAUCCCUAUGUGCUUCUGGAGGCAAGGACGGUCAGGCAAUGCUUUGGGACCUGAAUGAAGGCAAGCACCUGUACACAUUGGACGGUGGCGGCAUCAUCAACUCCCUCUGCUUCUCACCCAACAGAUACUGGCUCUGUGCCGCCACAGGACCCAGCAUCAAGAUCUGGGACCUUGAAGGCAAGGUAGUUGUGGAUGAGCUUAGGCAGGAAGUGAUUGGAACAGGAAGCAAGGCUGAGCCUCCUCAGUGCAUUUCCCUGGCAUGGUCUGCUGAUGGACAGACACUAUUUGCUGGCUACACAGACAACCUGAUCCGUGUCUGGCAGGUCUCCAUGGCCGCCCGAUAAAUUGUGGUGGACAGUAUUUAUAGGUUUACACAUCUAGGGAAGUGUGCGAUAACAAGUAAAUAUACCAUCCGAUUUACUUUUGUUCUGUAUGCUAAGCGAUGUUACAGUAAAAUAAACUGUAUGAUGGAAA